CACCCCCCCUCACGUAGCCGGUCUCCCUGUGAAGACGCCAAAAUGGCGGCCAGUAACUACUACGGGUUUGCAGCCGGUGCCGUCGCCGGCCCUCAAUACAGUGCCCAGCCUACUCCAGCUUAUACCCACCCACCCACAGUAGCGAGCUACACUGUCCAGCAGACGCCAGGGGUGGACCACACCGUGGCGCCCGCCUACGCUCCGGCUGUGCAGGCUGCCAGACCCAUGGCCUCAGCAGCAUAUGGAGGCUACCAGGCACACGCCGCACAGGACUAUGGCUAUGGGGCACGGCAACCGGAGCCCACCCCUCAGCCUGCCACAGCACAGAACUAUCAGGAUGGCUACAGUUACGGCCGUUCCCCAUCCGCGAGCAGCUACGAGACCAAACCCUACUACCCGGUGGUGGUCACGCAGUCCCAGCAUCCAGCCACGGACUCAUAUUACCACUCAAACUCCCAGAGCACGUACAGCCAGCCUACGGCCGUGUACGGCCAGAGCCAGCCCCAGAGGCAAGUGACUCCCAUUAAGCCGGCGCAGACUGUGAACGCUCCAUCGUCCGCCUACAGCACAUACCCGACGGUAACGACGGGCCAGCAGAAUGCCUCCGUCUCCUCCAUCCAGUCCUACACCCCUUCUUCCUCAUCGUACACCUCUUCCUCGUACAACUCCUCUCCUGUUUCUUACUCUGGCUCAAACUACUCCGCCUACGAUGCAGCUGCUGGGUACACGGCGGCCAACGCGUCUUACUACCAGCCCGCCCAGCAGCCCCUUGUGCAGCCCCUGCAGCAGCAGCAGCAGCCCCCGCCGCAGCAGCAGCAGCCCCCUCCGACGCAGCCGCCAAAGCCCAUGCAGGGCUCUCUGUGGAGCGGUGGUGGCGGCAGCUCCGCCCCGAGCAGCGGCGGCUACAUCAAGAAGCCGCCGUUUCCACCCAAGCUGCUGAAACCCAAAGGGCCUCCCAAGCAGCCCCAGCUCCACUACUGCGAGAUAUGCAAGAUCAGCUGCGCCGGCCCCCAGACUUACCGGGAGCAUUUAGAAGGACAGAAGCACAAAAAGAAGGAGGUGGCGCUGAAGACCGGGAACCAGGCUGGCGGUGGCCCUCGCGGGGUUCAGACCCAACUCUAUUGCGAGCUCUGCGAUGUGUCCUGCACCGGAGCGGAUGCUUACGCGGCCCACAUCCGAGGGGCCAAGCACCAGAAGGUCGUCAAGCUGCACACGAAGCUGGGGAAGCCCAUCCCUUCCAUCGAGCCUGUGGUGGUCAACUCCUCAUCGGGUCCUGCCAACGGCUCAGCCAGCAAGCAAACCCUCCACGCCACCGCACCGUCCAAGCAAGCCCCAGGGAUCACGAACAGCACGCUUGGCUCGAGCAAGGCAACGCCAGCAAAGAAGCCCGCAGCUGCAACCAAGUUGACUUUUACAGGAGGCAGCAAGCUGCAGGGGACCAGCGCGAAACCAGAUGAGGCGGCGAAAGGAGUACCUCCCAAAGUGGGGCUUCCGGUGGAGCAGCUGCCACUAGAUGGGGACGGUCCAGGAGAACUGCUUGAUGUGCAUCCCGUAGGUUACGAUUAUGUGGAAGAGGUGCACAACGAAGAAGGGAAGAUGAUCCGUUUCCACUGCAAGCUGUGCGAGUGCAGCUUCAACGACCCCAACGCCAAGGACAUGCACCUGAAGGGGCGGCGGCACAGGAUUCAGUACAAGAAGAAGGUCAACCCCGACCUCCCCGUAGAGAUCAAGCCCAGCAACCGUCUGCGGAAGCUGCACGAGGAGAAGCUGCUGAAGAAGCAGCAGCUGAGGGCCCUGGUGAAGCGGCGCCGGGAGGAGGAGCAGCGCUGGCACCUGGAGAUGAGGCGCUACGAAGAGGAGAUGUACUGGCGGAGAGUAGAGGAAGAGCAGCUGUACUGGGAGGAGCAGCGGCGGCGGCGUCUGGCCUCAGACUGGCGCCCCCCGCCCCUCAUGGGCAGGCCUGGGGUGCCGGUGCCCCCUCUCUUGCCCAUCCGGCGGCCGGACUCCUCCGACGACCGGCACGUCAUGACGAAGCACUCCAGCAUCUACCCGACCGAGGAAGAGCUGCAGGCCAUCCAGACAGCGGUGUCGCACUCCGAGCGGGCCCUGAGGCUCGUCUCUGACUGGCUGACGGAGCAGGAGUCGGGGAAAGAGGAAGGGGGCAAAGAGCCAGGGAAGACUGAAGGCCUGCCCCGGGUGCUGAAAGGGGUCAUGCGGGUCGGCAUCUUGGCGAAAGGGCUGCUCCUCCGCGGGGACAGGAACGUGCACCUCAUCCUGCUGUCUGCCCGGAAGCCGACUCUGACUCUCCUCCAGAGCAUCGCUCAGCAGCUGCCCGAACAGCUGGGGAAGGUGACCAAGGACGGUUAUGAAGUUGUCUCCAACGUGGAGGAAGCCAGUAUCGUCAUUGCCUCGUCCAAGGACCCCAAAAUGCAAGUGAUGGUGUCUCUCACCUCUCCCCUGGUGAGAGAAGAGGCCCCCGCCGCAGACGCAGAGGAGUCCUCAGACCCUCAGCUCGAUCCAGCCGAUCUCUUGGAUAAGCAGAAAUGCCUGGAGUCCCUGGCUGCUCUUCGCCAUGCUAAAUGGUUCCAGGCCCGAGCGAACGGUCUGCAGUCCUGUGUGAUCAUCAUCAGGGUGCUGCGGGACCUGUGCCAGCGCGUGCCAACUUGGGGUGCUCUUCCAGAUUGGGCUAUGGAGCUCCUGGUCGAAAGGGCCCUGAGCAGUGCCACGGGGCCGCUGGGUCCCGGAGAAGCCAUACGGCGCGUCCUCGAGUGCAUCGCCACCGGAAUGCUCUUGUCAGAUGGCCCCGGGCUCCAAGACCCCUGCGAGAAGGAGGCAACGGACGUCUUGCAGUGCAUGAGCCAGCAGGCGCGGGAGGACGUCACGGCCAGCAGCCAGCACGCCCUGCGGAUGCUGGCUUUCCGCCAGAUCCACAAAGUUCUUGGCAUGGAGCCCUUGCCGUCGCCCAAAAGCAGGCCCGGCGUGCAUGGCCGGAAAAGGCGGCUGGACACGGACGAGGAGACGGUGGGCGAAGGGGACGGGAAGAAGGACAAGAAAGAGGACGAGGAGGACAAGGCCUAACCACUGUUGCGGGAUUGGCAAAGCCAAUGUUGACGUGACUUUACUUUUUAUAUAUAUAAAUAUAUAUAUAAAAAUAUAUAUUAUGUUG